GUGCACUUCUUUGCCAAGUGAUUUGAGUUUCUCCACAUGUGUGUCUGGCUUUAAUGGAGUCCUCCUGCUUCCAGGAGAACUACGCGUCAUGUCUGGUAUAGCUUUGAGCAGACUUGCCCAGGAGAGGAAGGCCUGGCGAAAGGACCACCCUUUUGGUUUUGUGGCGGUACCAACAAAGAAUCCUGAUGGAACCAUGAACCUGAUGAACUGGGAGUGUGCUAUUCCUGGGAAGAAAGGGACCCCUUGGGAAGGGGGGCUGUUUAAACUCCGGAUGCUGUUUAAGGACGACUACCCCUCAUCUCCUCCAAAGUGUAAAUUUGAACCUCCCCUGUUUCAUCCCAACGUGUAUCCAUCCGGCACAGUCUGCCUUUCCAUCUUGGAGGAAGACAAAGACUGGAGGCCUGCCAUCACAAUAAAGCAGAUUCUGUUAGGAAUACAGGAACUUCUGAACGAGCCGAAUAUCCAGGACCCCGCUCAAGCAGAGGCGUAUACAAUUUACUGCCAAAACAGAGUAGAAUAUGAAAAAAGGGUUCGUGCGCAGGCCAAAAAAUUCUCUCCAUCUUAAGCGUCAAGAUGUCUGCAUAACUGAAGGCAUUUGGAUUUUUUUUUUCCUCUACAAAUUCUUCAAAAGUGCUCCAUACAAAAAGACAUACUGAAGGACUUAUUUGAAGCUGAGUAUAUUAUAAAUAUAUAUGAUAUUGUGCCAUUUACUGUCCUGAUUCUCCUAUAUUCCAGGUGUCUUGGUUUUUUAUUUUAUUGGCUACAUUGUGAUAUAGGGAGGAAGGAUCUGAUUGUAGGUGGCCUGUGCCCCAUAACGAGCUGAACUUUAAUACUCAUAAACCUGUAAAAUCAUGCUGUGGGUACCCAAGCUUGCUUUUAUCCCCCCCCCCCCCUUUUUUUUUUAAGUUCCCUUUAGGUGUGAGAGACUUGGCACAAUAUAUCACUGCAACUGUCAGAGUUAAAGGCAAAUGUCAAAUUCUGCAUCAAAUGAAGAGAAUGUCUCCCAAAAAAGACUCUGUCUCCUUUUUUUUUUUUUUUUUUUGUAGCGAGACGACUUUCGUUUCCCCACCGGGUCCAUGACGUCUAUCUUCCAUGGUUUUAAUGAUGUAAAACUCACAAUUACUUUGAAAUGUCAGUAUUUUGACUGCU